UGAGACGCGGACCCAGGCGCGCUACCCCGGCCCCGCCGCUGCCGGAGGAGGAGGAGCGGGCGGCCCUGCAGCUGUGGCAUGUCGCCCGCCGGCUACAAGUUCCCCGAGCGGCCGGUGACUACCCAAAAGAGCUUGAAAGAUGAAAUUGAAUCCAUUUUGCGGGAGCGGAUUAUGGUUUUGGAUGGAGGCAUGGGGACCAUGAUCCAGCAGCAUGCGCUAUCAGAGGAGGACUUCCGAGGGCAAGAAUUUAAGGAUCAUUCAAAAUUUCUGAAAGGCAACAAUGACCUUUUGAGUAUAACUCAGCCUGAUAUAAUCUACAAAAUUCACAAGGAAUACUUGCUCUCUGGGGCUGAUAUCAUUGAAACAAACACUUUCAGUAGCACCAGAGUUGCACAAGCUGACUAUGACCUUGAGUAUCUGGUUUAUCAGUUAAACAAAGUCUCAGCACAGGUGGCCAGAAAAGCAGCUGAUGAUGUGACUGCUCAGACAGAGAGUAGGCGAUUUGUAGCUGGUGCUAUGGGUCCUACAAACAAGACGCUCUCUGUGUCUCCCUCAGUGGAAAGAUCAGACUAUAGGAACAUCACUUUUGAUGAGCUGGUUGAAGCAUACCAAGAACAAGCCAGAGGACUCUUAGAUGGAGGGGUUGAUAUCUUGUUAGUGGAAACCAUAUUUGAUACAGCCAAUGCCAAGGCAGCUCUCUUUGCUCUCAAGAAACUGUUUGAGGAAGAGUAUGAUCCCAGACCAAUAUUUGUUUCUGGAACCAUUGUAGAUAAGAGUGGACGCACUCUCUCUGGCCAGACAGGAGAGGCAUUUGUCAUUAGUGUAUCUCACAGUGAGCCACUUUGUAUUGGCUUAAACUGUGCAUUAGGGGCAGUGGAAAUGAGGCCUUUCAUUGAAACAAUUGGGAAGUGUACGACGGCCUAUAUCAUCUGUUAUCCCAAUGCAGGUCUCCCCAAUGCCUUUGGAGGUUAUGACGAAACCCCUGAAGUGACUGCCAAGCAUAUAAAGAGCUUUGCUUUGGAUGGUUUGGUCAACAUAGUUGGAGGUUGCUGUGGUACCACUCCAGCCCAUAUCAGGGAGAUUGCUGAAGCAGUAAAAACAUGUAAACCUCGUAUUCCCCCCUCCUUCGUUUCAGAAGGGUAUAUGCUGCUGUCAGGUCUUGAGCCCUUCAGGAUUGGCCCAUACACCAACUUCGUUAACAUUGGUGAACGCUGCAAUGUGGCAGGAUCAAAGAAGUUUGCUAAGCUCAUCAUGGCAGGGAACUAUGAAGAAGCUCUGAGUGUAGCCAAGGCCCAAGUUGAGAUGGGAGCCCAGGUUUUGGAUAUCAAUAUGGAUGAUGGAAUGCUGGAUGGGCCGAGUGCUAUGGCCAGAUUUUGUAACUUCAUUGCUUCGGAACCUGACAUUGCUAAGGUGCCGUUAUGCAUUGAUUCUUCAAAUUUCUCUGUGAUUGAAGCUGGCUUGAAGUGUUGCCAAGGGAAAUGCAUUGUGAACAGCAUCAGCCUGAAGGAAGGUGAAGAUGAUUUCCUUGAAAAAGCAAGAAGGAUUAAGUUAUACGGAGCAGCUGUGGUGGUCAUGGCUUUUGAUGAAGUGGGUCAAGCCACAGAAACGGAAACUAAAAUUGCAGUGUGCACCAGAGCUUACCACCUCCUUGUGAAGAAAGUGGGCUUCAAUCCAAACGAUAUAAUUUUUGACCCCAAUAUUCUGACUAUAGGGACUGGAAUGGAAGAACAUAACCUAUAUGCAAUUAACUUCAUCAAUGCAGCUAAAACCAUAAAAGAAACACUGCCAGGAGCUAAAAUAAGUGGAGGCCUCUCCAAUCUGUCCUUCUCCUUCCGGGGGAUGGAAGCCAUUCGAGAAGCAAUGCAUGGAGUUUUCCUGUAUCAUGCAAUUAAGUAUGGCAUGGACAUGGGGAUAGUGAAUGCAGGGAAUCUUCCAGUGUAUGAUGAUAUUCACAAGGAACUUCUACAGCUGUGUGAGAAUCUGAUCUGGAAUAAAGACCCAGAUGCAACAGAGAAGCUUUUACAUUACGCCCAGACUCAUGCCCAAGGAGGGAAGAAAAUGGUACAGACUGAUGAAUGGCGGGAUAGCCCCGUGGAGGAAAGGCUGGAAUACUCACUUGUCAAGGGCAUUGAAAAAUACAUCAUUGAGGACACAGAUGAGGCAAGAUUAAACCAUAACAAAUAUCCCAGAUCUCUGAACAUAAUUGAAGGGCCCCUGAUGAAUGGCAUGAAAGUUGUUGGCGAUCUUUUUGGUGCUGGAAAGAUGUUUCUACCUCAGGUGAUAAAGUCUGCUCGAGUUAUGAAGAAGGCAGUUGGCCACCUCAUUCCCUACAUGGAAAAGGAAAGAGAGGAAAAGAGAGCUAAAUCCAGCAGCAUCGAAGAAGAGGACCCUUACCAUGGCACAAUUGUGCUAGCUACUGUAAAAGGAGACGUACAUGAUAUUGGCAAGAAUAUCGUGGGAGUGGUACUAGGCUGCAACAAUUUCAGAGUUAUCGAUUUAGGAGUUAUGACUCCGUGUGAUAAGAUAUUGAGAGCUGCUAUUGAAAAUAAAGCAGAUAUAAUUGGCCUGUCUGGUCUUAUCACGCCUUCUUUGGAUGAAAUGAUUUUUGUUGCCAAGGAAAUGGAGAGACUAGAGAUCAAGAUUCCUUUGUUGAUUGGAGGAGCAACUACAUCUAAAACACAUACAGCUGUGAAAAUUGCCCCACGGUACAGCGCACCGGUCAUUCAUGUCCUGGAUGCAUCCAAGAGUGUGGUGGUUUGCUCUCAGCUGCUAGAUGAAAACCUGAAAGAUGAUUUCUUUGAAGAAAUAAUAGAGGAGUAUGAAGACAUUAGACAGGAUCACUAUGAGUCUCUCAAGGAAAGAAGAUAUUUAUCAUUGGAGCAAGCUAGGAGAAAAGGUUUCCAUAAUGACUGGCUGUCAGACUAUAAACCCGUUAAACCUAAAUUCUUUGGUACUCGAGUUUUUGAAGAUUAUAACCUGGAGAGGCUGGUGGAAUACAUUGACUGGAAGCCUUUUUUUGAUGUCUGGCAACUUCGGGGCAAAUAUCCCAACCGAGGAUUUCCUAAAAUUUUUAAUGAUAAAGCAGUGGGAGAAGAAGCCAAAAGAGUUUAUAAUGAUGCUCAGACCCUACUAAAAACUUUGAUUAGCAAAAAGAAGUUGCAAGCCAGCGGCCUGGUUGGGUUCUGGCCAGCGCAGAGUGUUCAAGAUGAUAUUCAUUUAUAUAUAACAGAAGAGGCAUUGCAGUCUGCAGAACCAAUAGCUAAAUUUUAUGGCUUAAGGCAACAGGCUGAAAAAGACUCCAACUGCGCAGACCCAUAUUACUGCCUCUCUGAUUUUAUAGCCCCCUUGGAUUCUGGUGUUCGUGACUAUUUAGGCCUGUUUGCUGUGGCCUGCUUUGGGGUAGACAAGCUAUGCAAGGAAUACGAGAAACAGUGUGAUGACUACAACAGCAUAAUGGUGAAAGCACUGGGAGAUCGUAUAGCAGAGGCAUUUGCAGAGGAGCUCCAUGAAAGGGUCCGAAAAGAAUUCUGGGCUUACUGCAACAAUGAACAGUUGGAUAUUUCAGACUUGCGCAGGAUCAGAUAUGAUGGAAUCCGUCCAGCUCCUGGGUACCCGAGCCAGCCUGACCACACUGAAAAACUCACCAUGUGGAAACUUGCAAACAUCGAGGAGGCAACAGGUAUUCAGUUAACUGAAUCACUAGCAAUGACACCUGCCUCCGCAGUUUCAGGUCUCUACUUCUCCAACCCCAAAUCCAAAUACUUUGCUGUUGGUAAAAUAUGUAAGGAUCAGGUGCAAGAUUAUGCACUGAGGAAAAACUUGCCAGUGGUUGAGGUUGAGAAGUGGCUAGGGCCCAUCCUGGGAUAUGAUUUGGAAUAACUGUUUGUGGGAUGGCAGGGGCAAGCCUCUGCCUUGCUCUUCCCAGUUUCUUCUCCAGAAACAGAACAGAUCUCGACUUAGAAUCUUGUAGUUUGCAUCGAUUGACAGAACCUCUCAGUGGGCUUUGGAGGCUGUUCGCUUUGUAGCAUCACUUGCUGACAAAAAGAAAAACCCCACCACAUUUUUGUCUGAUUCUUUGUUAAUUUUUGGCAAAGUAGUUUUGUAUUAUGCCAUUUGUCAAGGGGGUAGUACAGAGAUCCUAUACAGAUCUCAGAAUUAUAAUUGUGCAUUUCUGUGCCCAAAUGGGCUAGAUGUUGCAUGAGAUGUAGAGAUCACUGGGUUUUCUUUUCGAUGGUGGAGAUUUUGAGAACUGGCUCACACCUUAAUAAUCUUGGGACAAACAUUUGCACUGAAGCACCCCAUCGACUGGUGAAAUAAUGCAGAAUUUUGCUUCUGGUCUUUAAAUGGUGUGUGUAUCAGCAAGUCAGAAGACAUGGAAAUAGACUGAAAGAAUGCCCCAUUAGUAAUGGGUAAUACUUAAUGGGUAAGAAACAACAUGGGAUCUAUUCUCCUCCUCAGUAUAUGGAUGCCUCCUGUAUUUGGGAGAACACCAGACCCCAUGCUCAUAUAGCAAUCUUGCUAUAUCAGAAAGAAGGUUGUAUCACUAAGGCUAUUUUGAUAAUUUUUGUUAUUGUAACUACCAAAGUAAUGUGGUGGUCUGAAACAAUCCCAGUAAUGCUAUAUUAUCCUAAAGAAUUAAACAGUGUGACUGAGAACAGAACUGAAAGCCUGGAAUACUCCCAGCUCUGAUGGGUCUUCUCUGGCUUUGGGCAAACCAUAUUAUCUCUCUGACUCACUGUCUGUAGCUGUAAAAUUGGGAUACUACUUCCUACCUCACUGGUGUGUAUUCUGAAACUUACUUGUUGCUUAUAUACCACUUUGCGGAUGAAAAGAGCUACUGACUUUAAUAUGUUAGUUGCAAGUAAGUCUUUGGGUGCCUGUAUAUUAAAACUGUGGUUGCAAUACCUUUGCUCCCUGAUAAUGAAGAAAAGGCCUUUUGAAAUAGCUGCUGUGUUUUUUCACCCAAUUACUACUUUUUAAGCAAAAACAUCAUGUUGGAGAAACUGUUACAUGACAAUUUUUUCAUCAAAUUACUGUGCUUAGUCCUCUGAUCUGAAUGUAAGCGGUAGAUAAUCUACAAGUUUAGUCUCUAAAUAAAUAUUUAAUUUUGAAUAAAUUCACUGUUUAUGAAUGUUUUUAAUAAUCUCUGAGGUAGGCACUAACCUAGCUCAGAGCUAUGUAUUUAAUUAUUAACUUUUAUGAAACAUUGAGGAGAAAGUCCUGCUUUCUAAGUCUGGUAUCUGUCAAAAACAAUGACCUGUGUUAUAAAGAGACCCCCCCUUCUAAAUAUAUUGUUUGUAAUCAGUUGGUAUUUAAAUAUUGCCUUACAAUAUUAACCUUCAUCUGACUUUUAAGUAUACUGAAAAAAAUGCAUAUAUGACUCCUUAAACAAUAAAUAUUAAGCUAUUGGUA